AUGGUCAUAAUCGCUAAUGAUCGCGGUGUAGUUCCGGAUUCGAAUCUUCGAGAGUUCGGUCUGAAAGACAUUAUUAGCAAUGUUGUCGCUACUGAAGAAUUAUCCGGACUUCUUAGUCGUCUCUAUCGAAGUGCUUUACAAAGCAACAGACCUCUCGUUGUUAUCAUUGACAAAAACAGCUUACAAGAAAACCCACGCUAUCCUUUGCAACCCAGCAGCUUGUUAGCGACAAGUCAUGAAAAGGACGACGAAGUUAUACCAUCUGUAUACUUACUUCAAAGCGAGAAUUCACCACCACAAAAAAGAGGGCCUAGAAAAUAUGAGCUUACCAAAAAUAGAUACAACAGAAGACCAAUUUAUAAGCACAAAAGUCACUUGCAUAGGUACAGAAGCAACUAUGGUUUAAGAGCUUUCACGAAUAAAACCCCUUCACCAGUAAUAAAAACCUUGCUUCGAUUUAAAAACGAAAUUAACUGUGAAGCAAACGACGAAUGUCAAGAUCAAUGCAAAGAACUCACAAACGGUAAAAACAGUGAAAAUUGUAUGGAAAAAUGUGAAGAGAAAUUUGAGUGUGAACCAGAAUCAGAUAAUUCGUGUGACGGAGAAAGUGAAGAUUGCGGUAACAAAAGUAAAGACACGAGCACCAGAUUCUAUGGACCUGUAACGGACAAACCUCGUUGUCUCAGAUGUUAA